GUGUGUGUUUGUUGGUUUUUGACUAGUAAAACUGGGGAAAAGGACAAGUGCUGCCUCCUAGGGCUGUUGUUGAAAUUAAGACAAAUACCGUAAGGUCCGUCACAGAAGGACUUUGUUUUAGCGCAAGACACAUUGUCCGCUUUGGAUUGCACCCAAGUCUGUGGCUCUUCUCUCUGGGGUUACUGAUGGCAUGUGAUGAUGAUGCACAGUUCCCAAACGCUGGCGUUAUUAAUUGAAUGUUGUUAGACAAUGAAUUACACAAACGCUGAAAUUUAAAAAGUAUUCAGAGCCAUCCAAGUGUGAGGACAUUAUUAUAUGCUUUCCUCAAGGUAGAGCUACUUGUUAAACUGCACGUCCCACCUUCUUUCUUCUUAAAACAACUCCUCCAAAAAGAUAAGAAGCACGAACAGGUUUGCCCUGGAUGGAUAGAGUCCAGGAAUUCUAGAGCUCUCUCAAUGCCCUUCCCUUCAUGCUAGGAACCAAACCGCCUGCUCCGCUCGUGUCACAGAUGGUGCGCCAAACGUGCUUACUUCUGCCACUCGCCAGCUGGCGGGGAAGGGGAGUACGCCGGCAGCCCCUCACCUUUGCCCAGGCAGUUUUCCAAACACAGCAGGGCGGUACGGGAGUGUCUUCUCGGCUGUGAAAGUUGAUCCUCAUACCCUGUCCUGAAGCCCUCCGCUGCUCUCCCCAGCCUUCUUCCGUGCUGAGUUUCCUGUCCGGGGCGCCCUGCGAGGGCGCGCUGCUGGCGUCCGCCAAGCCCAAAAGAUCUUGCCAGAGAAGAAGUGGCACAGCCUCUGUCCUGGAUAAUUUGUAGUGGUACAACAAUUUCGCAGACAGCCUCCUGAAAACUCCAGCACGCUUUACAAAGUCUUCAUCUUCGGGAACAGAGGGCCGCUGGGAAACAGAUUUCUUAAAAGUGCAGGUUUUAUCAAAGGUGCUGGAAAUAAAGCGAUAGACAAGACAGUCCUGCUGUCACAAAGCUUUCCGUCCAGCAGGGUGGGCCAGCCAUGCGAGGGUACCUCGUGGCCAUAUUCCUGAGUGCUGUCUUCCUCUACUAUGUGCUGUACUGCAUAUUAUGGAGAACAGAUGUCUAUGGGGUGCCACCUGUGGAGAUGAAACGGAGGCAUAAGAUCCAGCCUUGCCCCUCAAAGCCAGCUUUUGCCUCUCUCCUAAGGUUCCAUCAGUUCCAUCCUUUUCUUUGUGCUGAUGACUUUAAAAAGCUUGCUUCCUUAUAUGGUAGUGAUAAGUUCGAUUUGCCCUAUGGGAUAAGAACAUCAGCGGGACAUUUUCAACUUGCUCUUUCAAAACUGCAGAGCUGUGACCUCUUCGAUGAGUUUGACAAUGUGCCGUGUAAAAAGUGCGUGGUGGUUGGUAACGGAGGAGUUUUGAAGAAUAAGACAUUAGGAGAAAAAAUUGACUCCUAUGAUGUAAUAAUAAGAAUGAACGACGGUCCCAUUGUAGGACACGAAGAGGAAGUUGGGAGAAGGACAACCUUCCGACUUUUUUAUCCAGAAUCUGUUUUUUCAGAUCCCAAACACAAUGAUCCCAAUUCUACGGUGAUUCUCACGGCUUUUAAGCCGCAUGAUUUAAAGUGGCUGUGGGAAUUGUUGACCGGCGGCAAAAUAAACACUAACAGUUUUUGGAAGAAACCAGCCUUAAACCUGAUCUACAAACCAUAUCAAAUCAGAAUAUUAGAUCCUUUCAUUAUCAGAAUGGCAGCUUAUGAGCUGCUUCAUUUUCCAAAAGUGUUUCCCAAAAAUCAGAAGCCCAAACACCCAACAACCGGAAUUAUUGCCAUCACAUUGGCAUUUCAUAUAUGUCAUGAAGUUCACCUUGCUGGUUUUAAAUACAACUUUUCUGACCUCCAGAGUCCUUUGCACUACUAUGGGAAUGCCACCAUGUCUUUGAUGAAUAAGAGUGCAUAUCACAAUGUGACUGCAGAACAGCUCUUUUUGAAGGACAUUACAGAAAAGAACUUUGUAGUCAACUUGAUUCAAGAUUGACCCUACAGAAAGAGAAGAUAAUACUAACAGUAUAGUUUUAUUUUUAUACUGCAACUUUAUUUUUAAAUGUAUGUACUUGUCAAGAAAUGAGGUAUAGGGUCCGGCAGAAGUAAUGUCUGCUUGAAUGUGGUUGGUAGGGCGAUAAUAUGUUGGGGACCAUAUGCGUGUAGUAAUUUAUAGUUUUAAUUUGAACAUUUCACCUAAAAUGUCAUAUGGUGUACUUGAGGGUGAUAUUGUUAUAUUACAGAAUUACAUGCUUACUAUUUUGUAAUAAAAGGGGGGCGUUAUUUGUGCUGGACCCUGUACAUUAAGCUUAUUGCUGCCUGGUGAUUCAUAACCACCAGCUUAAUUUCUAUGACUAUAUUUAAUUUAUGAAAACCAAGAGAUAUUAAGAUAUCAGGGAAAGAAGUUGUAAUUGCAUUUUAAUCAAAAUAAGCUAGUUUCCUGAGGUGUUUUUAAACAUCUUUUUAGUUAUUUCAUCUUAAACUUUUGAAGGGAUGUGAUUUCCUAGUAAGUAUGGGAAUGUAAAUUCACUGCAACAAAGUGAAGUACAAGAGGAGAUAUGGCUACUAAUAAAUUGGGGGGAACUGGCAUGUGGCCGAGUCUUGAUGUGGCAAACCAGAAGCACUUCAGGUCUAUAUCUGGAUGGCUGCCUAGUUUGUUUUAUUUAAGGGACCUGAUUUGAAUGUUGAACCAGCUCUGAAUACAGCAGUGUAGAUGGUAAUGGAAAUCUAAGAUCACAUGGUAUAAUUAGGCUUUUUGUCCUGCAAUUAAGUAAACCACGAUUAUAAUGAGUAAUUAGGUAGAAGAUGGUAGUUUUUAAGUGGAAAUAGACUAACCAUGAAAUUCUAGAUGAGUAAAUAACCAAAGAAUGCAGUUUUUAAAGUCUUGCAACUGCGUUAUUUCAAAGAAAUAAAGUUUAUACAAAGAAGCUGAGUUAGACACGUUCAAGGAGAAAAUCCUUAAACUUUGUGUGUUGCCUGGUUUAAUUCAUUAAGUUUAAAAAUUUACUAUUUGAAGUAAAUUAGAAAGAUGAGAAAGGCACAAGUAAGGAACCCCUUAAGAAGAAUCAAGGUAUUUUUGGAUCUAAAUGGUAUUUUCAUCUUUCAUCUUCAAAUGGAAAGCUUCCCUGGCUACUUGGGGUUCACCAGAGAAGAAUCCUACAAGUUGCAAACGAGCCAGCCCUACAAAUGUGGUGAGCUGGUCUGCCUUCCCAUUGUAAUGUGUAUGACUCAAGGCUAUGGUGGGGUGGGGUGGGGGAUAAGUGGUGAAGGAGAAGGGAAGAUAACAGAAGUUAUAAGGUAUCAGAAGAGAUAUGAGUUGAACAAAUUAGUAUCACUAGGAGAUGCUGAAGUUACUGAAAACCAACCAGCCUCUCUGAAGAAAGUGUAUAAAGGGUGAAAUAUUAGACCAGAAACAGGAAUAAAUGAAGUACUGACAAAGCAGGGGAAGGGAAGAAAGUCAGUAGUCAAUUUAAGCCAGAUCCAGACAUUAAAAAUGGGGAUGACGUUCUGUUAAUAGCAUACAUUUGCACAGUACCAGUUUCAUGUGAUUCUCCUAGUAACUCUGCGGUGGGAAAGGCCGGCACUAGACUGGAGUCCACGUGUUAGUGUGACCUUUCCCUCCUACCACACCGCCCAGCCAGAGGCUGCAGCUUGGCUGUUGAAGUUCAGUUUGAUGUGAAGUAAUUCCAGCUUCGGCAAGAAUACUGCUGCCUACAGAAAAAGUCAAAGUCAAAAACCAAUGGUGGCGCAUUUAGAUGUUACUGUGUGUACUAUAAUAUUGGCCAUAAAAAUUUUUGACUGAUAUUAAAA